AUGCCGACGAUCGCCAUAUCGGGCGCCUCGGGCAAGCUGGGGAGCGCGACGCUCGACGCGCUGCUGGGGCGCGGGCUGGCGGGCGCGGGGGACGUGAUCGCGCUGACGUCGGCGGGGCCGGGGACGGCGACGUGGGAGCGGCUGGCGGCGCGCGGCGUGCGGGUGCGCCACGCGAGCUUCGCGGGGGACGCGGCGGCGUUCGCGGCGGCGCUCGCCGGCGCCGACGUCUUCUUCCUCGUGUCGACGCCGCACGUCGCGCUGGACUACGAGCGGCCGACGGCAACAGCGGCGGCAGAAGACGGCGGCGCCGCGGACGCAGACGCGUGGGCCGAGCCGCCCGACGGCGAGGGCCGCGAGGCCCACCACCGCCUCGCCAUCGACGCCGCGGCCCGCGCCGGCGUGCGCCACGUGUAUUACUCGAGCCUGGCGUUCGCGUGGGGCGCCGGCGGCGAGGGCGGGGGCGAAGGACCGGGGAGCGCGAGCCGCGCCGGCGUCAUGCGCGCGCACCUGCGCACGGAGCGGUACCUCGCGGCGGCGGUGGCGGCGGCGGGGCGCGGGGGGCUGCGCCGCGCGACGGCGAUCCGCGAGGGGCUGUACGCGGAGUCGUGGCCGCUGUACCUGGGGUACUUCCAGGUCGGCGCGGACGAGCGCGGGACGGUGCGGCUCGCGGCCGACGGCAGGGCGUGCUGGACGGCGAUCGCGGACCUGGGGCUGGCGACGGCGCUGCUGCUCGCGGCCGACGACGGCGAAGACGGCCGCCUGCGCACCGUCUACCUCGCGACGCGGCCGGCCGCCGCCAAGAGCGUCGCCGACGUCGCCGCCCUCGUGACCGCCGCCCGCGCCGGCCCCCCCGUCCACGUCCAGCUCGUCGGCGCCGCCGAGCACGAGCGCCACUACGUCGAGGACCGCGGCAUGCCCCGCCCCGCCGUCCGCUGGUGGGCCUCCACCUACGCCGCCCUCGCCGCCGGCGAGUGCCUCGUCGACGACCCGACGCUCGAGCGGCUGCUCGCCAGCGUCGGGAGGGUGCCGACCCGGGUCGAGGACGUGGUUGCCCGCAUGGUGGGCGGCGGGUAG